GAACAAGGUCGAUGGUUGGGGAAGUCAUAAACCUCCCACUUAGACAGUACAACACUGACAGCAGCCUCUCUCUCUCUCUCUCUAUAGAUGCCGGCUUAAGGGAGUCUUGUUUAGGGACGCUGAGACUUGGAUAGCAUCAGGCAAGGGUCAAAUAGUAAGUCUCCUCUGCACCUAAUGGACAACUCACAGAAACCACUUCUCAGUGACGCCCCUAAAACUCACUAUCAGACAGUGGGGAAAGCCCUGCGGGAGGAAGAGAAGAAGUAUGUCAGAACACUAAAGAACAAGAAGAUGUUCCUGGCUGCCUUUUCCGCUGUCCUGGGCAACUUCACGUUUGGUUACGCCUUGGUUUACACUUCUCCCGUGAUUCCGGCACUGGAGAAAGAUGACCAGGGAUUGCACAUUAAUGCGGAAGAGAUAUCAUGGUUUGGGGCAGUGUUUGCCCUGGGUGCCUGCGCGGGGGGCAUAAGCUCCAUGUUUCUCAAUGACCGUCUUGGACGUAAACUGAGCAUAAUGUUCUCAGCUGUUCCCUCAUCGUUGGGUUUCCUCCUCAUGGGCAGUGCUCAGCACAUCUCCAUGCUACUGCUAGGACGGAUCCUUACAGGUUUUGCAGGGGGUAUGACAUCCUCUUCUAUACCGGUAUACAUUUCAGAAAUUUCCCAUUCUGGAGUUAGAGGAGGUUUGGGGGCUUGUCCUCAGAUCAUGGCAGUUUGUGGCUCGCUUGUGCUUUAUGCUUUAGGGCUUCUCCUGCCAUGGCGCUGGCUUGCGGCUAUUGGAGAGGUCCCCGUGGUCACCAUGCUUCUCCUCCUGUGCUUCAUGCCCGACUCCCCGCGCUUCCUCAUAGCCAAGGGCAAGGAUGAAAAGGCUCUCAAGGCUCUGGCUUGGCUUCGGGGGGCCAACACGGACUAUCAGGGAGAAUACGAAAGGAUUAAAAGCAACAUUUUAAAGAAGAGCUCCACUCUCUCAUGGACGGAACUCUCCCAGCCGUAUUACUACAAGCCUAUCCUUAUUGCUGUGUUCAUGAGAUUUCUCCAGCAGCUGUCCGGGGUCAGCCCCAUCUUGAUUUACCUAGAGACCAUCUUUAACAGGACUAAAGUCAUACUAAGAGGUGGCUAUGACGCAGCCCUAGUGGGUGUCGUGCGAUUGUUAUCCGUCAUCAUUUCAGCCUCAGUUAUGGACAAAGCUGGAAGGAAAAUCCUGCUCUAUACAUCAAGUACCUUGAUGUUUGUCUCCUCCCUAUCCAUGGGGCUGUACGUACAUUUCACCGUUGAUAUAAAUCAUAAUUCGACCAAUCGGACGAUGAGUAUAAGCAGUUCUGCCGAGCCCUCGGAGCCAGUCAACUAUAUCCAACUGAUUCCCCUCAUCUGCAUCAUGCUGUAUAUCAUAGGUUAUGCCUUUGGUUGGGGACCUAUCACCUGGCUGCUCAUGUCAGAGAUUUUACCCCUCAAAUCCCGAGGAGUGGCGUCCGGCCUGUGCGUUGUGGUCAGUUGGAUCGCUGGCUUUAUCCUCACGGAAGCCUUUAUCCCAGUAGUGAACACCCUGUCCCUACAGACGCCCUUCUACUUCUUCACCGCCGUCUGUGCAGCCUCAUUAAUGUUCACCUACUUCUUUGUCCCCGAGACCAAAGGACGCACCUUGGAGCAAAUCGAGUCCUACUUCCGGACAGGCCGGCGCUCAUUCAUAAAGUAAUUUUGGGGGGUUUGUGACAACUUUACAUCCUGACUGACGGCUUGGAGCGACACUACUAAUGCCCCAAUCCACACACUGUACUGACUACACACUUCUUUGCUUUACAUCCCCACACUCUUUUGUUUCAGUACAACAGUCUGUCCAUGCUUUACGGCACAACUGGUUUCUAUUGUCCCCCCUACUCAUGAGGACUCAGCCGGUGAACCCUGGGGGCAUGGAUCUAAUACACAAAAAGGGGCUUAUAUUUUAUUGCUUGGCACCCGAAUUUCACUUCCACUAGUGUCCAAAGGGGGAAAAGGCUACAGAUUCCCAGUGCCAAGUCUCACCUGAAUAUAAUAUGUGUAUCACUAUCCCAAAGAGAGGGGCUCCGCCUUCUUCCACAGUGUGAACAGUCUACAGGUAUGGGACCUGUUAUCCAGAAUGCUCAGGGCCUGGGGGUUUCUGGAUAAGGGAUCUUUCCGUAAUUUGGAUCUUCAUACCUUACUAGAAAAUCAUAUAAACGAAAUAAACCCAAUAGGCUGGUUUUGCCUCCAAUAACGAUUAUUAAUAUCUUAGUUGGGAUCAAGUACAAGCGACUGUUUUAUUAUUACAGGUAUGGGACCGGUUAUCCAGAAUGCUCAGGACCUGGGGGGUUUCUGGAUAAGGGAUCUUUCCGUAAUUUGGAUCUUCAUACCUUACUAGAAAAUCAUAUAAACAUGAAAUAAAGCCAAUAGACUGGUUUUGCUUCCAAUAAGGAUUAAUUAUAUCUUAGUUGGGAUCAAGUACAAGCUACUGUUUUAUUAUUACAGAGAAAAAGGAAAUUAUUUUUAAAGAUUUUUAUUAUUUAGAUAAAAUGGAGUCUACGUGAGACGGCCUGUCUGUAAUUCAGAGCUUUCUGGAUAACGGGUUUCCGGAUAAUGGAUCCCAUACCUGUGUGUGUGUAUAUAUAAUACACAAAAGCCAUGAAUAUCCUGUAAAUUAUAUCCUUAUAAAGUUCUGAUGUCAUCAGUUAUAAACGGUGAGUUCUGAUGUCAUUUCUGUCACAUGACUCACUGAGACUUGUGUAUUAUAAUAAAUAAAAUAUCCCCAGUGGCAAAAUAUGAGGAUAUUAGAAGUUACCUCGGAGUUCCACGACCUUCGGCCUCGUGUUUUUAUAUGACAAAUUAGAUUUUUCCUGCCUUUUAUCUCUUUUUGCAAUAAUCUAUGAAUUUUGCCCCUGAUGAAGACCACGUUAGUGGUCGAAACGCGUAGGGCCAAUGCUGGGCCAUGGGCCAAUAUUGGGCCAUAGCUGAAAAUGUAAGUGUAUUUUUGUAAAUGUAAUAAAAUUUUGCCUUUUUAAAUUUGAGUGUGCAGUCCCUAUAUUUAUUUUUGUCGUGUUUUUAUAUGGUCAUGAAACUCCUCGAUAACUUAUAAUAUCCUUAUAUUUUACAAGAGCGGGUACUUUAUUCACUCUAUAUAUAUAUAUAUAUAUAUAUAUAUAUAUAUUAUAUAUACAUAUAUAUAUAUAUAGGUGUGGGACCUGUUAUCCAGAAUGCUCAGGACCUGGGGUUUCCGGAUAAGGGAUCUUUCCGUAAUUUGGAUCUUCAUACCUUAAGUCUACUAGAAAAUCAUAUAAACAUUAAAUAAAGCCAAUAGGCUGGUUUUGCUUCCAAUAAGGAUUAAUUAUAUCUUAGUUGGGAUCAAGUACAAGCGACUAUUUUAUUAUUACACAGAAAAAGGAAAUCAUUUGUCAAAAUCUGAAUUACUUGGAUAAAAUAGAGUCAAUGUGAGAUGGACUUUCCAUAAUUCGAAGCUUUGUGGAUAACGGAUAUGGAAAGGUUGUAGUCCUGUGCAGAACUGUGUUUAUGGUGAAUGCUAAAUGGGCUCCGUACAGACAAUUCUGAUUUGUUUAGUGAUCUGAAUCCAUGUUUGUUCCUUCCCCGAAUACGUUAAAACUUGUAAACUUUGUAUCAUCCCUAAUGGAGCGGCUUGUUCAUCACAACUGGAUUAAGGACGGUCAUUAAAGGGGAGCUUCACCUUCAAGUUAACUUUUAA